UUCGUGCAGUACAGCGCAAGCCGAAAAGCUUUCCCCUCCCCUCCGUCGGCUUGCCCCUGCCGCCACCCCCGCUCGCGCACAAAAACCCCCAAACCCCGAGCGCGGCCAGCAAACGCCCAUCGCACGGCGCACGCGCGUCACGCCACCCGCCCCACCCAUCCGUCACCAGCGGCCCGCGAGCACCCAUGGCGAAGGGAGGAGGAGCGCGCGAGGGCGGCGCCCUCAAGACGGCGGUGAUCGUCGCCGGGGGUCUCGCGCUCGCGUGGGUCACCGUGGAGACCGCGUUCAGGCCCUUCCUCGACCGCCUCCGCGGCGCCGUCUCCCGCAAGACCGACCCCGCCCGCGACCCCGAUCAGGAGGAGGCCCCCGCCUCGGCCGCGGCCGAGGCGGAGGAGGAGAAGGCGCCAGCGCCAGAGGAGCCGUCCGCGCCGCCGGCCCCCGCCGUGGUGGAGGAGAAGGUGGCCGAGCUGGAGGAGAAGGUGGAGGAGGCCGCCGCCGCCGCCGAUGACGACAAGGCCGAGUGAAGGGGAUGCUCCCGUGUCCGGUUACCCUUCUGAAUAGUAUGCUGUUGCCUGUUGGUUCUGUGAAUCUGUUCUGUGAUUGUGGAGCUUAUUUUCGUCAUGGAUGAUGCAAAGUUUGGACCAUAUAAUAUCAGUACCUGCAUCUCAGUAAUCGUCUAAGUUUGCCGGUGUGUCUGCAUUAGUUUUUGGCCUUUUGCUACCAUUUUGUACAUGUUGAAUUGUUGA